ACGGCAGUCUGCGUAACCCCGCGCAUGCGCAGGCUGGCUCGAUUUUAGCAUUGUAUUUCCUGCUUGCUGUUUCCACUCGAAGCGAUGGCAGAAGUGAAAGCUUCCCUGAUUUGUGGCGUUAUAGCGGCUAUCCUGUCUUCGGCCGCGCUUGCAUUUGUUGAAGAUCUAGAUGACACAUUUAAAGACACCAGAGUGAAUGAUGUCUGGCUGGUUGAUUUCUAUGCGCCGUGGUGUGGCUACUGUAAAAAACUCGAGCCAAUAUGGCAUGAUGUGGGAGUCGAGCUGAAGAGCUCUGGGUCGCCGGUCCGCGUCGGAAAGAUGGAUGCCACUGCUUACUCUGGAAUGGCAUCAGAGUUUGGUGUCCGUGGUUACCCCACAAUAAAACUGUUAAAGGGCGAUCUUGCCUAUAACUACAAGGGACCAAGGACAAAAGAUGAUAUUGUAGAGUUUGCCAACAGGGUGGCAGGACCGGCCGUCAGGGCACUUCCCAGCAAGCAGAUGUUCGAGCACAUGAUGAAACGACAUGAUGUGCUUUUUGUGUAUGUCGGCGGGGAGUCUCCCCUUAAAGAGAAGUACAACGACGUUGCCUCUGAGCUCAUUGUCUACACUUAUUUCUUCUCGGCUCCAGAGGAUGUCUUUCCAGAGUCCGUAACUUUGCCAGAGCUUCCUGCGGUUGUGGUCUUUAAGGAUGGGGCCUACUUUACCUAUGAUGAGUAUGAAGAUGCUAGUUUGUCUUCAUGGGUGAACAAGGAGCGCUUCCAGGGAUACCUUCAGAUCGACGGCUUUACGCUAUAUGAGCUCGGGGAAACAGGCAAAUUGGUUGCGAUUGCAGUCAUCGAUGAGAAGGACCCCACAGAGGAGAGUCGCAGAUUAAAGGCCUUGAUUCAGAGGGUGGCAAAGGAAUACAGGGAACAUUUUAACAGGGACUUCCAGUUUGGCCACAUGGAUGGGAAUGACUACAUUAACAGCCUCAUUAUGGGCGAGGUGACGGUGCCCUCCGUUAUCAUCCUCAACACAUCCAACGAGCAGUACUUCCUGCCCAGUGAGCCGAUUGAGACCAUGGAGCAGCUGGUCCAAUUCAUCAAUGGUGUUUUGAACGGUUCUGCACAGGCAAAUGGCGGUGACGGGUUCAUUCAGAGGAUCAAACGUAUAGCCUUUGAUGCCAGAUCCACCAUUAUGUCAGUGUUUCGCAGCUCUCCGCUGCUGGCCUGCUUCCUGUUCGGCCUACCGCUGGGUGUAAUUAGCCUGAUGUGCUAUGGCAUCUGCACGGCUGAGUCGGAUGACGGUUCAGAUGACAUAGAUGCGCUCAAGAGGGAGGGCCUGACUGAUGAAGAGGAGGAAGAAGAAGAAGAAGAGGAGGAGGAGGAAGAGGAGGAGAGGCAACGCGCCACUGAGCUGGAGGGUCCCGAAGAGGGCGAGAUCGAGGAAGACGAUGUCAGAGUGAAGGAUCCUGAAGAGAAGAAAACCGAUUAACACAGGGGCUCCCGUCGGAUAGAGGAUGAUGGGCCUAGUCAAAUGCAGUGACAUGAAACUCAAAGAACUAUCAAUGUAUUACUAUUCUGCUUCUUUGUCUUUCAUAUCACUUCCCCUCAGAGCCCCUCGAGCGCAGACUCUUCCCCCAUCUUUGAGUUCUGUGUUUAAGGUCGGCUGCUCAGUGAAGCCAUAGAAUCACGUUUCAAACUAACAGCCUUUUUUAUAAUGGAGUGUAAACGCAUACUGUUCAAGAGAAGGCGGGAUGGCUGUGAACCUAGCAAACCACUUAUUUAUUAUGAAUCAACCAACCAGUGGUUAAUUCCAUGUGAUGUGGGACCCUUUCUCUUUGUUUUCUAACCACUUAAAUGCCCCUAUUUUAUUUUUUUUGUCAAAUGUCAAUCUCCUCUAUUUUUACUUUACUAUGUUAUCCUUAAUAUUGCCUUUAAACAAUUAGACUUUUUGUCCACCAAAUAUUACCUAUAUUAUCAAAUAUAGUGAUUGACGCGUGUAGAAAGCAAAGGAAGUGCCCAAGAAGGAAAAUCUGCCAUAAAUAAUUUUUAUUUUAUUUUUUAUUGUAUGUUAUUGCCUGAAAAUAUUUCUUCUUCUUGUUAUUCUACUAGGGGUGCAAAGUGCUGAGACAGUCGUGCAUUUAAAUUUAUUUCUCAUGCCAGCAACCUUUUGGUGUCCAAUUAUGAGGCAAGUAAUUGGUAAUCAGUCGGUCUGAUGCUAGAAUAUUGUAAAUGCACAUUUCUUUCCAUUUUAUGACCUACCUGCUCAAAAUUCCUAGUCUAGAUGUGUUGGACCUGUGAGGAGACACCCAUACCUCGCAUCAGUAGUUCCUGCAGCUUUUAACAACUCAUGUGCCUCAGAUAGACUGGCUCUGUCUGUUUCCAUAUUUCAAUCUGUCCUCCAUCACUGGUUGCAAUAUUGAAUUCAGUAGGCAGGUUGAGGUUUAAAUCCCAAUGCACUGAGACGUACACUGAGGGUACAAAAUAUUGAACCAGUCUUCCUUCUUAGUAGUUGGUUUCACUCCCUUUUUCUGUAAUAAGCCGUUAUUGUUAGUCUACUCAAGGCAUUGACAUUCAUCUCUAGCCUAUUUUCUUACCCUUUUGGCUGAAAUGUAUGUAAUAGCUGAUAUUAAGUAUGGGUCGUGGCUUCUUCUUGGAUUCAAGUGGCUUGCCUAUUACAAUACAGGACAAAUGUUCCUAAAACCUGCCACACCCAGCAGAAGAGUGCACCUUGUUGGAGUUGGCAGUGAGGCACGUUAAAGCACCUGAGAACAAGAUUCAUUAUCUUAAGGAUGUUUAGUAUAAAUUCAGCAUGUGUGACUAAAAAAGGAAAUAAUAAAGGUAAACCCAUUAACACUCAAAAGACCUCAGGGUGUAAUUUUGGGAUGUGAUUUACACUAGUGCUUUAGUGACACAGUUUUCUUACUGUGUUCCAAUAAGGCCCCGCCCACUUCAAAUCCGUGGGAGGAGCACAGUCAAAAAUGCAAAUACUAUGUACAAAUCUCUUGUGUUAAAUAAUCACGAUGUCCCCAUCGCUCCAAAUGUCCCCAAUUUUGACUUUUUGGGAGAAAUGCUUAUUUACUUUAUUGUCAAGCAUUAGAUGAAAAAGUUAAAACCACUGUCCUGUCUGAAGGGAAAAUAUGAAGCUAGUGCCAGCAGCUUGUUAGCUUAGUCCCAAAAACUGGAAAUGGGGCAACCGCUAGCCCGUUUCACAAAUUUAAAGGUUAUAUCUCUCAGCAAUUCCUUCAGCUGCACGGCUUCCCGGGUAGGCUGCUCUCAUGUAUCCUCGCCUGUAUCCUUGAGUCCUCGAUGCUCGCUCCUUGGUCCUCGGAGUAGAAAUAAGAGCUUUGAGAUUGCCUUCACCGAGGACGGACAGAACAACUUCCGGUUAAGCCGAGGACCGAGGAUUCGAGGAGCUAUCAAAUUAGCAACAUGACAAGCACCUUAUUCAGUCACUGCACCCGGCUAGGAUCUUGUUUGGCAAGUCCUGUAACCCCCAGUGAAACCACAACAUGCUUUUACACUUUCUUUUAUGCAUUAAACAAGAUAUAAAAUGUUCAUUAGUGAUUAAUGGGCAGAGCAUGUGUGACGUCACAUCAACAAGACCAUAAUUCCAAAAAUGAACAUCAUUCUGUGUUGCAGAAGACUUAAAACUAGCGAUUGAGACCAAAAACUCAUUAUGAAAAUGUUUACUGAUAAAGUGAGAGACAGAAACCAACCUCUUUUCACAACUGCAUGUGUCGCCCCCUGCUGGAAUGCAGAUAGAAUGCCGGUUUAAGGCACUUCCGCAUUUGCAGCACUUUGCCAAACCGUAUGCGUUGUCUAUUAAUUUUUACAGUCUGGUUUGGGCAGAGCCAACAUAGCAAUUACCCCCUGCUUCCAAUCUUUAUGCUAAGCUAAGCUAAUCGACUGCUGGCUCUGGUUUUAUACCAUACAGACAUGAGAUCGGUAUCGAUGUUCUCAUGUAACUCUCGGCAAGAAAGCGAACGAGUGUAUCUUCCAACAUGUUGACUGGAUUAUUAUUUACCCUGCUUUUGUGUUACAUUAUUCAUUCUAAACAUUCAUGCAUUAUAUAGAGCUGCAGAGUAAUUACAAGUUUGAAUUGAGCAAUGGCAGCUUCUAUAACAGGCUUUUACUCAAGGGAACUUCCACACAGGGAGAUGAAUGAGCAUUAAGUUAAUUGGCCUUGGGAAGAGUAGUAAGAAAAAUUAUCUAUCUAUAUCUCAUAUAAUGACAACUGAACUAACCACAACUGAGAAAACUACUAAGUGGACUUUUUAUUAAGAUGAUAUUUUGAAUGUGUUAUUGUGUAAAGGUAAUCCUCAAUCUUUCCCCCCCCCCCCCCCCCCCCCCCCCCCCCCCCAUUCUAUAAUCCUUUUUUAAAAACAAAAGUGUAGCUGAGUAAUAAGAUCCCUUCAGGAUUGGUUAUUCUUCAUUUUAUCGUGCUUUUGUAGCUCAGUAAAUCUUGUAAUUGAUCGACUUAGGCAAUUCAACCUGAGCACACCUGUUGUUUGAAAUAUACAGAGCUUAUCUGAAUCAUUACUGGGAAACUGCACACAUAAAAACAACCAUGCCCUCGCCUUGCCUUUUGGUUUUGUAGUUGCCUACCAUUCUCUGCCAAACUUUCUCUUUGGGUUAGAUUUGAGAUUGUCACACUUUAUUACAGCUUUGAAAGAUUGAAAUAAAGAUUGUCCUCAUUUGUU